CACAUCGCGUCGAAGUCAGCGGUUCGACAGACAGGGUGGCUGAAAAUUUACGCGAGUUUGCAGUAACACAUUAACCCGAAAGAAAAGUUAUAUUGGAGCUAGGUGUGGAAAAUUCCGGAAACCAAGGCACCAUGGAGGAGAAUGUUCAGAUAAAGGAUGAGCCUUUGGACCCUGAGUAUGACAGUGCCUUGAAUUCCACAGAAAAUGGACAGACAGAACCAGAGUCACCAGCAGCAGAACAAAACAGUGAAGACUUCAGUCAGAAGAUCAAGUCCAUCCUAAACAACAUGAUAACAGGAGAUUCCAAAUUGACUGUGAAUUCCGUGAUUGAUAAUUUACUCAGACAAAAUGAUGAAGUCUUAGAUAACUCAGACACCACCAUUUAUAGACCCCGAGGGAGAAUUGGUUGGGAGAAAUACCAAUCAAGGGAUUCGGGAUCCUUACUUCGCCCUAAAAGCCCAACACAAUCUUGUUCCAUCCCAAAGGAAGACAUGCCAAAUCUACGUGACACACUUGUGGAACUGUGUGUUUGCGAUGCUAAUGCAGAGGAAAUCUUUGAAAAGAUGAAGCAGGAGGUGGUCUGUGCUGUAGUAUCCAAGGCUUACGCCAUGCCCAACGCAAAUGGGAAUAAUCAUGUCCAAAAUAAUGUUAAGUUUUACUGGUGCAAUUUUUGUCCAUUCAAAAUUGAAGAUAAAGAAGUUUUGUUACAUCAUGUUAUGGAACAUAGGUUUCAUUGCAAGUUCUGUCCCUAUCAGUCGUUUUCUAGAGCAGAUGUUAUAAGCCAUGAAGAUCGCACACAUAAAGAUUUCAAAGACACAGCCAAGACACUGAAAUACUGUAUAUUUCAACCAGACUACAUUGCUCUGCAAAACAAUGAAAGAAAGAGACCCAUGGAAGACAAACAAGAGCCAGUUCCAAAAAAGGCCAAGAAAGACAAGAAGAAGUCCAUUGAGAAGGAUGAAGACUAUGACGCAUUUGACAUGGAGGUAGAAGAGGUAGAAGAUGAAAACAACUAUACUCCUAGCAAUAGUGACACAACUGACAAAAUCCUGACACCAAGCAGUGCAAAGAAAAAUUUCAGUAUUGUAGGUAAAGUCACAAAAUCAAGGCCCAAUAAUAACCAGAAUAAACCAACAGAAAAACAGCAGGGUGCUGGUAAUGCAUCCACUCCAUCCUUAAACCCACCAGCCAUAGCUACUGCAAACAUGCAGUCCACAACCACUGGAAAAGGCGGGAACACUAUCACUGUGUCGUCUGGUUUGUGUUGGAAUUGUGGGUACUGUGACUUUGUGACUCUUAGCCAAACAUUCCUAAAAACCCAUCUCAACACUCAACACAAUGGCAAGGCUCACAAAUAUGUGGCCAUGCUAGUAUCUUCCCAGGAAGAAAUGAACAAGAUCAAAGAAAGAGAUGCCAAAAUGUACUCCACUUCAAACCUGGCACUUUUGUAUGGAAAUGUCAACCAGACUCCAGAAAAGACCCUAUCCCCUCCUGCUGAUGGUAGUGGUCUACCAAGUUCAACCAAAAAAUACGACUCUGCCACUUCUACAGCUGUCAGGGAGGAUGGACCAGAAGAUGACAGCGAUGAUGAAGAGUACAUUCCAGAGGAAGAAAAGAAGAAGUAUCCUCUGACUUACAAGUGUGCACAUUGUAACUUUAAUGCUCCUGUGUGUUUUAAGAUCAAAGAACAUCUACAAAUGAAGCACCCUGGCUGUGUGCUCUAUGCUUUGGACAUGAGAGCUGUGAAGCUGAAGCAAAGGAGAUAUGUUUUCUUUUGUCACAGGAAAAACUGUUCAUUCACUACCAAGAAAACUGAAGAAUACCUCAGCCAUUCUGAAAACUGUACUCCAUGGUUAUUGGAAAAUUGUCCAGAGAGUGUGGAUCUUGCCACCAAGAAAUGUUUAGAACUAACAAGAAACUUCUCCACAAAAAUUUCCCAGAAAGCAUUCCAAAUGGCCAAGAACUUCAAGGCUUCUAAGAGUGCUGAGUAUGCAUGCACUCACUGCAGCUAUACCUCAAAUAAUAAUACCAGAGUGAAAAAGCAUGUUCUUUCAAACCACAAAAAUUUAAGAACAGUUAUGAAGGAUUUACAGUCCCACAAAAUGAAGAAAAAGACCCAAGUGUACUUUUGCAGGCACUGUCUUUGGGAAACUCGGAAUGAGGAGGAACUAACUGGACAUUUAGAAGACAAACACAAGGAAGAGGAAGAGCAGACAAAUAAGUCUACUUCAGGCCUUCCUCCCGCCACACCUCCUGUUGUGGAAACAGUGGAGAGGAGGAAUUCAAGGCAAGUGUCUCCGGAACCAGAAACAGAGAAUAAUCCUGAAGAAGAUGCUGCUGCUGAAGAGGAAGAAAUUGACCUGGAUUUGGAAGUCUCUGAGGAGGAGAUGCAGAAGAUGAUGACCGAGUUUGUAAAGGAUGAAGCUUGUAGGAGUGGUUCUCCUGGCAGACCCACUAGGAAGGCCUCCAUUGAAGCAUCAGUCAGAGUGCGGGCCCAGGGCCACCAACCUCCCAUGUACAGAUGCAUGCAUUGCUACCACAUGUGCUUUGGAAGCAAUCUAAUGAAGAAGCACAUUAGGGGCAAUCACAAGAAAGAGGCUCUACGCACUGUUGAUGUAAAAAAGAUGAUCUCAAGACAAUUUGCUUAUUACUGUAUUUGUCCUCAUGAUAUUUGCAAAUUUGUGAAUACAUCUGAAGAGGCUGUUUUGAACCAUGCCAUACAAGAGCAUAAGAUGAAGAAAGACAAUCCAGAAAUUCAAAGAAUGCUGCUACCAUUUACUCCUCAGGUUACCAGCUCUGCAGAACCACCAGCUUUAAGUGUCCCUAAAGGGAACCCGUCGUCUGCUACACCCAGUGUGUCUAGUGUGUCGUCCUCCACAGUAGGGUAUGAGUGUCUGUACUGCUCUACCAGCUUUGUUACCCAGGACAUGGAGCUGAUGAAAAGCCACAUCAGAAGGGAACAUCCAGGAGAAGAUGUCAUAUUCAGGGAUUGUGUUGCCAGAAAGAUGAGAAAGUCCUCAAGGAUCUACAUGUGUGAAAGAGAUUACUGUAGUUUCCAUAACUGUGAACAGAAAGAGCUGGAAUUGCACAAACUUGCACAUGAAAAGGCUCAUAUUUUCGAGUGUGUUAAAUGUCAAUGGUUUACCACUACCACCGACACUGUGCACAAUCACAUGGUAACCGUGCACCAUGGUGAGGAAGUGAAGACCAUAGAUAUGAGUCUGGACCUUGAUGCUCAAGGUCAGGUCAUCAAAAGAGUGGGAGGGAUGGUCAUCAAACAAGAGUUUCCAGUGGAAGAGGAGAGCCUACAAGAGAUUCCCCAGGAGACAGUCCCGGAAAAUGAUGUCGCAAACCUUAAUAAUAUUGUGAUUAAACAAGAACCAGUUGAUUUAUGAGACAAAAGAAGGAUAUAUUAUAUAUACAGUUGUAAAAUAGAAAACAAAUUUAUUAUUACAUGUGGUUUUAAAGAAUAUGUUUUAGGGGACUUGUGUAACUGUAUACCUGGUAGUUACAUUUUAUGGAAAUGUUGGCUUGUUGUAGAAAGAAGGGGGGAUUGUGUACUGUUUUUCAGAACAACUUGUAGAAGUGUAUACGAGUAUAAUAUACUUUUAUUAAAUAUAAAAUGUAACAAUUUGAAAGAGUUCCAUAUAAA